AUGAAUAUAUGCCAACUUGAUUCCACCCAAAAAAUAGUAUAGUUUGCGAUCAGAAUGCUCAUCCUCUCUUGUGCUUUGGUAUCAACUUUGUUUGUGGGGAUCACCUGCUUAAAAAGCAACAAGUAGAAAUAUUGGGUAUUCAAAUUGCUAAUUCUAUAAUCAUUUGCUGAAUCAAUCGAUUUGGUCGGAGCCAUCUCUUUAUCAUUUCAGAGCAAAUGUUAUGAAACUUUAUGCGGUAUAAUCGGAUAUAUCAUGCACUGCUGUUGGCUCACAUCAUUCUCUUGUUUGUUGCUUUUAUUUUAUUUGUAUCAUUCUGCCCUUCACAUUAAUUCCAAAUAUUAGGCUGUGACUAAUAACAUAAACAAAUUCAUGAUUCUUUGCACUAUCUGGCCUUACUUAUGGCUCCUCUACCCUUUGCUAAACGAUUCCAUAGGCCCCACAGGAUGGAAACUCUAUAACUCAUCAGAGUUGUUCUAUCUAUUUUGCGGUUUCAAAGUACUUCAAAUCCCUUAUGUCUAGGAAGAUGAAAUCAUUUUCCUGAUUUUUUGGUCCAUACCCUUAUGGUUGAUAUUCCUAAGUGUUUUAAUUUUGAGAAAGAAAAUUAGUUCUCGAAUCAAAACCCUCAUUUUUGAAGAACAGAUUGGUAGCGUUGAAUUAGACAUCAUAAAGAAAGUGGCAGAUUUUUCGAUUAUCUAUGUAUUCUUUUGGUUAACCAAUCAGUGUGUUAAAUAUGUACAACUCUUUUAUGAGGGAUACACUAAAUCCUUAUUUGCAUACGUAUUGUUUGUGUUCACGUAUCUUUUCUUUGAAAUCCAUUUAGUCAUAAUUGCAUUCAUAUUCUACAAAAAUUAUAAUUAAGUAAUUGACAUAAAAGCCAUUUGGUCAUUUGGGAAAAAGAAGAAUUCAAAAGUAAAGAAUGAUGAGUAAUUAAUUUGA